UUGUGAUUGGAUUUGAGAGCUCGAGAUGCUUGUGACGUCAUCAGCCUGCGCCAGCUGCAGAAAGAGAAGCAAUGGCGGUAGCUCAAGCAAAGCUCGAGAAGGAGACCGAAGACUGCUCUUUACUGCCUUUAGUUCACGAUAUUAUCAAAUGCAUGGAUAAGGACAGUCCGGAUGUCAACCAGGAGCUGACAAAACUCAAAACAAAGAUCCAAGAAGCCCGGGAACAGAUCUCCAACAUGUCUGGGAUAGACUGCAGUCCCGUGGAGCAGCAGCAGCAGCUGGCCACGCUGCGGGAGCAGGUCCGCACCAAGAACCAGCUGCUGCAGAAAUACAAGGGACUCUGCAUGUUUGAUGUACCCAAGGCGUCGUGAGGCUGAUCAAACCGGGGACUCGAGCAAAGACUUUUAUUUUGAAAAACCCUUUUUGUUUUAGACAGUGAAAUUGGACAUUUUUGGUUUUUAUUUCUUGUUUACCCCAGAGUUAAUUAUCUGUUUACCUUUUUUCUCAAGGACCUUUUAGUCCAAG